AUGCACAAGGUGAAGGAUCAACGGUCAAGAUUCUCCAGACCGACCACCAUCCAUGGCUUUGCACAGUAUGGAGAUCUCAUUGCCUUUCAAAAGCUACUUCGAGACAACCAUUCUCUUCUUAAUGACAGAAAUCCCGUUAUGGCACAGACACCACUCCAUGUUUCUGCUGGUUAUAAUAAUGUUGAGAUAAUGAAAUUUCUUCUUGAUUGGCCAGGAGUCGAAAAUGUCGAAUUGGAGGCCAAGAACAUGUAUGGAGAGACUCCAUUGCAUAUGGCUGCUAAGAACGGGUGUAAUGAACCUGUAAAGAUGCUUCUAGCUCGUGGUGCUUUUGUUGAAGCCAAAGCUAAUAAUGGGAUGACUCCUUUGCAUCUGGCUGUCUGGCACUCACUUCGAUCUGAAGACUACUCAACCGUCAAAACAUUGUUAGAAUAUGAUGCUGAUGGCAGCACUGAAGACAAUGAGGGCAUGACUCCUCUAAAUCAUCUCUCUCAAGGCCAAGGAAACGAGAAAUUGCGUAAACUACUCCAUAAGCAUCUUGAAAAGCAGCGGAAACAUAGAGCUAUUGAAGCAUGCAGUGAGACGAAAACGAAGAUGGAUGCGCUUGAAAAUGAAUUAUCAAACAUUGUGGGCUUACAUUCACUUAAAUUACAACUUCGGAAAUGGGCAAAAGGGAUGCUCUUAGAUGAGAGACGCCAUGCCCUCGGCCUGAAAGUUGGACCCCGAAGACCUCCUCACAUGGCCUUUCUUGGAAAUCCAGGAACAGGUAAGACCAUGGUUGCUCGGAUCCUCGGAAAAUUACUUCACAUGGUGGGAAUUCUUCCUACAGACAGGGUAACUGAAGUGCAGAGAACAGAUUUGGUUGGCGAGUUUGUUGGUCAUACAGGGCCAAAGACUAGGAGAAAGAUCCAAGAAGGCGAGGGAGGCAUUCUAUUCGUAGAUGAAGCCUACCGUUUGAUACCUAUGCAGAAGGCUGAUGAUAAAGACUAUGGAUUGGAAGCAUUAGAAGAGAUAAUGUCUGUCAUGGACAGUGGAAAAAUCGUAGUAAUUUUUGCAGGUUAUAGUGAACCAAUGAAGCGUGUAAUAUCUUCGAAUGAAGGUUUCAACAGAAGGGUCACCAAGUUUUUUCAUUUUGAUGACUUUAAUUCUGAAGACCUUGCCAAGAUUCUUCAUCUUAAAAUGUCUAAACAAGAUGAGAGUAGCUUGUUAUAUGGAUUUAAGUUGCACCCUUCAUGUAGUGUAGAUGGUAUUGUGGAAGUUAUAGAACGAGAAACCAGUGAAAAGCAGCGCAAGGAGAUGAAUGGAGGUUUAGUCAAUCCAAUGCUCGUAAACGCGAGAGAAAAUUUGGAUUUGAGACUCAAUUUCGAUUGUAUAGACUCUGAUGAUUUACUUACGAUAACAUUGGAGGAUUUAGAAGCCGGGCUCCGACUGUUGAAACAAUGA